CCCAAAAAGAAAUCCGAAAAAUUCAGUAACAAGUCCAAACGAAAGCUAAUAAGUUUCUGAUGACCGCCCUUUCUGAUCCAACUAUAACUUUAGUGUAGAAAGCCAUGGCUUCAGUUGCCAUAGGUGGAGUUGUACUCCACAGCCACAGCCACUCUUCAUUUCUGGGCAACAAACUCAAGCUGAAGCCUUUAUCUUUGAAGAAGCAACCGAAUUCAAGGAUAGUUUAUGCUCAUGGAGGCGAAAUGUUUAGGUUUGCACAUGAUCUUUUUGUUGGAGUUGGGGUAGGACUACCCUGUACUGUAAUGGAGUGUGGUGAUAUAAUAUACAGAAGCACACUGCCAAAGUCAAAUGGGAUCACAGUGACUGUUCCUGGUGUUAUUUUGGCAUUGGGUACCCUGUCUUACCUCUGGGCUACUCCUGGUGUGGCCCCUGGUUUCUUCGAUAUGUUUGUUCUUGCCUUUGUUGAAAGAUUGUUUAGACCUACUUAUAAGAAGGAUGAUAUCGUUUUGGGGAAGAAAUUGGGCGAGGGAUCUUUUGGUGCUGUUUAUAGAGUUUCUUUGGCCAAAAAGCCAUCGUCAAAGGGUGGUGAUUUCGUCUUAAAAAAGGCAACUGAAUAUGGAGCAGUGGAAAUAUGGAUGAAUGAGCGAGUGCGUAGAGCUUGUGCAAACAGUUGUGCUGAUUUUGUCUAUGGGUUUCUAGAGAAUUCUUCAAAGAAAGGAGCAGAGUAUUGGCUCCUUUGGCGUUUCGAAGGGGAAGCUACACUUGCUGAUUUGAUGCAGAGUAGAGAGUUUCCCUACAAUGUAGAAGCAUUGAUCCUUGGAGAGGUUCAAGACUUGCCCAAGGGUUUGGAUAGAGAAAAUAGAAUCAUUCAGACAAUUAUGAGACAGCUCCUAUUUGCUUUGGAUGGUCUUCACUCCACGGGGAUAGUCCAUAGAGAUAUUAAGCCUCAAAACAUAAUUUUCUCUGAAGGUUCUCGCACGUUCAAAAUAAUUGAUCUUGGAGCUGCAGCGGAUUUGAGAGUAGGGAUCAAUUAUAUUCCAAAAGAGUUUCUUUUAGAUCCAAGAUACGCUGCACCAGAGCAAUAUAUUAUGAGUACACAAACCCCUUCUGCACCAUCUGCUCCAGUUGCAGCUGCACUUUCCCCAGUUCUAUGGCAGCUGAAUCUCCCAGAUAGAUUUGACAUCUACAGUGUCGGUCUCAUAUUCCUGCAAAUGGCAUUUCCAGGAUUACGCAGUGACAGUAGUCUCAUUCAAUUCAACCGACAGCUGAAGAGAUGCGACUAUGAUUUAGUUUCAUGGAGACAGACUGUAGAGCCUCGUGCUAGCCCUGAACUUAGGAAAGGCUUCGAGUUGUUAGAUUUGGAUGGUGGAAUAGGAUGGGAGCUAUUAGCAUCUAUGGUUCGUUUCAAAGCACGUCAAAGAAUUAGUGCAAAGACAGCUUUAGCUCAUCCUUACUUUGAUAGAGAAGGUCUAUUGGCCCUGUCCUUCAUUCAGAACCUAAAGCUGCAAUUCUUCCGGGCUACACAACAAGACUAUAGUGAAGCUGCAAACUGGAUUGUUCAACUAAUGGCAAAAUCAGGAACAGAACAAGAUGGCGGCUUCACUGAAGCGCAACUUCAGGAGCUCAGGGAUAUAGAGCCUAAGAAGAAGUCAAGCACGCCGAGGAAUGCCCUUGCAUCAGCACUUCGGCUUCAAAGGAAAAUUUUAAGAACCCUAAAUGAGAGUAUCGAUGAGCUUCGCAGACAAAAGAAAAGUUUAUGGUGGAGCAGAUGGAUUCCUAGAGAGGAGUGAAAAUCAGUAAAUAUGUACAAAAUAGUUUUAGUACUUUUUCUAUGGAGCUUACUAGUUUUCAUUCUCAUUUGAAAAUGUAAAACAACUUUUAACUUAGAGUUUAUGUACAAAAAGUAAAAGUAUCUUAUACAGAUAAUAUACACUUGCUUUAUUAUUU